AUAACCUUACUUUUAAAAGCUUUAAAUCAACUAUAAAAUUUAAUUUAUUAAAUAUGAGUAAAAAGGAAUUGAUCUCAAAAGUAGGUCUUCGUUUGGAUGGUCGCCGUGCAAAUGAAUUAAGAAGAAUCCGUUGUAAAUUGGGUGUUUUUGCUGAACCUGACGGAAGUGCUUACUUAGAACAAGGCCUAACGAAGGUAUUAGCGGCAGUGUACGGCCCCCACCAAGUUCGGACCCGCUCAAAAGCUCAACACGAUGCCGCAAUUGUUAAUUGUCAAUUUAGUAUGGCUGUGUUUUCGACUUCAGAUCGAAAAAAACGACCUCGAGGGGAUCGAAAAUCCACUGAAAUGUCUAUUCAUUUACGACAAGCUUUACUAGCUGCAAUAAAAAUUGAAUUAUACCCUUGGUCACAAAUUGAUGUAUAUGUUGAAGUUUUACACGCAGAUGGAGGUGUUUUUUCUGCUUGUGUAAAUGCAGCCACUUUAGGUUUAAUCGAUGCUGGAAUUCCCUUAAAAGAAUAUGUUUGCGCUUGUACAGCCAGCAUAGCUAAUAAUGACACCCCCAUGGUUGAUAUUUCACAUCAAGAAGAAAUUAUUGGGGGGCCUACUUUAACAAUUGCUGCUUUACCACAUUCUGAAAGUAUUGUUCUUAUGGAAAUGUCUCAGCGGUUUCAUUUGGAUCAUUUAAAGAAAGUUCUUGAGAAAGCUUUACAGGGAUGUAAAGAUAUUCAGAAUAUUUUGGAUGAAGCUGUUAGAAAUCAUGUUGUUGAUGUUGGUGCUUCUACUGGGUGGGCUAAUACUACUGAGAAAGUUAAAAGAUAAUUGUAUUUGUAAAAUAGAAGUAACAUUUUUGAUUAAAAUAAAAAUACGAAUAAAAAAUA